AUACUUUCGAUCAGUUUACUACGAGACGUUGAGAGUUUGAGUCUUUUUUUAUUAACGGUACUGCUGCGCAUAAUUUAUAUUUAAAUAUUCGGCAAAAUUUGUUUUUGUUACUCUGCACUGCAGUUUUCUAUGCAAUCAAAAAAAUAAACUUAGAAAAUAAAAAUUCCACUAAAACUAAUAGAGUUCAUAUACCCCUGUGUGGUAAGGACCUUUAGAAAAUAAAUAUUGAACCGGAAUAUUUAAAUAAAGUGUCUUAAUUCAAAAAUUACAAGGAAAAAUACACUACAAAUUGAUAACCGUGUGUUUAAAUUGAAUUACUGUGUAAGAAACCACUCUAUACAAAAAAAUAGUUAAAAGGAUAAUAACCUCUGUUUCGUAUCAUGUCUAAGAACGGAUAUAUUUUUGGCGCCUUAUUGGUCUUGGUAUUUUCAUUCAAUGCAGCAGAUGCAAUCUUAAAAUGUUGGCGGUGUUCAACAGACGUCUCAAAUGGUGAAUUCUGCAAUGAUCCCUUCGAUCCGGAAUCCAUUUCGGAACAACAACGCUAUUGGAGCUAUGUCAACUGUUCAUACUCGGUUGGAGUUAAGUCAGUCAACACAAGGCCUGUCUGCAAGAAGCUAGUACAAGAAGUUUAUGGCAAGCAAGUUAUUUCCCGGUCGUGUUUCUAUGAGGAUAUUGAUGAGCCAGCGGAUAGAUGUUCUCGAGACACAACUUCAUCCUAUGUUCGAACGCUGUACUGCCGGACGUGUACCACUGAUGGUUGCAACGGAUCCAGUGGAAUCGUACCAAUUGUGGCGUUGGUACUUGCACCGAUUGCAUUAAUUAAAUUAAUAUUAAUCUAAAACAUGAAACAAAAAAAAAAUACAAUCAUAAAAUCAAAAAUAUAUUGAUGAGUGAAUAAUUCAUAAAAAAAUUCAGCAAUAAGUAAAGAAUCAUAUAAAAAUACAAAAUGUAAACAAAUUAAUUGUAUGUUUUUUAUUUCUUGUUUUGUUAAUUUCUUUUAUAUAAAAUAUAUUAAUUUGUUUUGCGAAUAUAGAUGUAUAGUAAAUAAUGUUUUUGAAAAAAAAUAAACUACGUGUUUAGGUUUUUUUUAUUGUAAAUUAAAGUGUCCUUUGGAACAAGAUUUAUGUUAAAUUAUAGUGUUUUGAUAAAAUCCUUAAGGAAAUAAGUAAUAUUGGCAAUAAAUAAAAUAAAAAGUAAAUCACGUAUAAAUACAAACAUUAUGUAGUUACUUAUGUUAAGUUUUUUUUUAAUUUAAAUCCCAAAUAAGCUUAAAAACGUUUUUAUUAUAAAUCACAAAAAUAAAUAAAAUGUCAAGUCCAAA